AUGGCGGAUCACCUGAAGGACCCCCUGCCGACGUUCGUCGAGGACUUCGGCAACGAUGAGCGCAUCUCCUUCUCUAAACUCGACAACAAAUACCUUGCCGUCCUUGACAACGGCACUGAGCUCGAGUUCGACCCGGCAACAUCCGCGUGGGCCGAGGCUGCGGACGAACCCAUAGAGCCCCUCGAUGACGAAGACGAGACCGCGGCGCAACUAGCAGACCUCUCGAGAGCAGGCGCCGGCCCGAGUUACAGCAACGGAAGCCACAAUCCCAGGAAACGGAAGGACUCGCCCACGUCAGCAGAUGCAGGCGGCGGUGCGGACAGACAACACAGCGGUGACGGCAACGGCGGCAACGACAACGGUAACGGCCGGGCGCGUCCCGCAAAGAAGGCCAAGCCGGCGCGCGCACCGCCGCCGCCGCGCCAAAACACCGCAGUCUACGUCACAGGUCUACCUGCUAAUGCGACGGUGGACGAGGUCCACGAGCUGUUCUCGCGCAAAGCCGGCGUGAUCGCGGAGGAGAUUGAUAGCGGCCGGCCGCGGAUCAAGAUGUACACGGACGAGGGCGGCAAAUUCAAGGGCGAUGCGCUCGUCGUCUUCUUCAAACCCCAGAGCGUGGAGAUGGCCAUCAUGCUGCUGGAUGACACCGAGUUCCGCUUCGAACUGGGCCAGGACGGGGCGGCGCCGACGAGGAUGAAGGUCCAGGCUGCGGACUCGAGCUACAAAAAGACAAAGUACGACGAGGAAACGAAUGCCGGGGAAGGGGGGAAUAACGGGCAGGCAGGAGCAGCCGCCCGGCCCCAGCGGAGCAACAACAACGGGGACAAGCAGAAGAUCAUCCGCAAGACGCAAAAGAUGGCCGCGAAGCUGGCGGACUGGAGCGACGACGACGUGGCGGCGAUACCCGCGGAGAGCACCUCCAAGCGGAACCGGACAGUGAUCCUCCGGCACAUGUUCACGCUCGCGGAACUGGAGGAGGACCCGGCGGCGCUGGUGGAGAUCAAGGAGGACAUUCGCGAGGAAUGCGGUAAGCUGGGCAGGGUCACCAACGUGGUGCUUUACGACGAGGAGCCAGAUGGCAUCGUCGGUGUCAAGUUCUCCGACGCCCAGGCCGCCCAGGCGUGUAUUCAGCUCAUGAACGGGCGGGCGUUUGACGGGCGGAUUGUGGAGGCGAGCAUAGCUAAGCCCAGGGAGAAGUUUAGGAUGUCUAGGGGCCAAGUGAGCGACAGCGACUAA